AGGACAUUAAUCGAAGUCUAGACGUCUAGACGUCAGUUGGCAGCCCUGGUCGAGUUUGUAAACUAAAACGUAGCCCGAUAGAUAACUAGUUUCCAAAUCACCUUUAGAUAAUAAACACGGAUGAUAACCGAGUCGGAAACCGGGGUCCGACGCGCCCUCGUGACUUCUACACCUCUCUAUUAUUGAAUUUAAACAAGUUUCCAGGGUGCGAAAAUGUUCGAUUCCGGGUCUAAGGGCGUCCUGGAACUGAUGAAGAAGCCAGGGAACGACGUCUGUGCGGACUGCGGGGCCAAAGGACCAGAAUGGGCGUCUUACAAUAUAGGCAUUUUCUUGUGCUCUCGGUGUGCUGGGAUACACCGGGGCAUGGGAACGCACAUCUCAAAGGUGAAACACGUCCGGCUGGACCGGUGGGAGGAUUCACAGAUACAGAGGAUGAGGGAGGUAGGCAAUCUCGUCGCGAAGGCCAAGUAUGAAAAACGGGUUCCUCCGUGUUAUCGCAUCCCAGUAGAGGGCGAUCAAGAAUCUCUUCUUGAAGAAUGGAUCUGCGCUAAGUAUCUCAGAGAGGAAUUUUCAAGGCCGGAGCGUCAAGCCUUCAUGGCAGGCCACAUGGAAGGCUUCCUCAUGAAACGGGGCAAGGAAGAUCCUAAGUAUUACCCAAGGAAGUUCACCCUUUCUGAGGUCGAUGACACCUUAAAAUAUUAUGUUGAUGAGAGGAAAGACCCGAAAGCCGUGAUGCGAGUGUCUGACAUCAACGUCUCUUUCUCUCCGGCAAAGCUUCAGAAAAAGAAUUCAUUCCAAAUCAGCUAUUGGAAAGACGGUUCAACAAGGCACUUGUACGUGUACCACGACGACCCACAAACCAUUGUCAAUUGGUACAAUGCAAUCCGAUGUACCAAAUUACACCGAUUGCAGAUAGCGUUUCCCACUGCAAGCCAAGCACAGCUGGUUAGUUUUCUUACAAAAGACUUUCUCCAAGAAGGCUGGCUUUGGAAGACGGGGCCUCGUCCAACUGACGCAUACAAGAAGCGCUGGUUUACACUUGACCAAAGAAAGUUCAUGUACCAUGAAGAUCCAUUGUCAGCGCAUCCAAAAGGCGAGGUAUUCCUAGGGCACAUGUCAGAAGGUUACUCGGUCCGCGUCGGCGUCCCAGCAGGAGUACGUGACCAGGGCCAUUCGUUUACACUUAGGACGCCCGGCCGUUGGUACUACCUGGCAGCCGAGGAGUCCUCGGUCAGAGAUAAAUGGAUCCAGACUAUCAGUUCAGUACUGGAGAUCCCCCUGUCCACUCAGGACAAUGCAUUUGCAGCUCGUCUCGUUAGAAAACGAGGAGUGACAAGCAGCCUGAACAUAUUCUCGUCCAGAUGACGGCGAAGCAAAUUUCAUCCCGUCGAUCACGUCCUUCGAUUCAAUCCGACCCAGACGGCGGGAUCUGUAAACAAAGUCGUACGUUUUCUAGUUGAAAUGAAAUUCCCACUGUGCUAUAGCUUUACUAUGUUUUGAUCCCCCUAAAAAAAAUUAAUAAUUAUAAAUAAAUUAAAAAAAAAAAAUUCACCGUGGUCUUACGUUUCUGUUCAACUGACAGUUUACACAUAGCAUAAAUUCUGUUUUGUCUAUUCCAAAGAAGGUUUUUCUGUUUUAAAUGUGAAAAUGAAUUACAUUUA